CCGGGGUUUCCAGCUCCGAGUCGCAGGAGUUGAGGACUCUUCAUCGCAGUACGCCGCUCAGCACCGCAUCUGUCCGGUAACUCCGCAGCAAGUGGACCGAAGGGGAGAACAGACUCGUAAAAAGAAGCAAACAUCCGAAACAGUCGCGUGCAGCAGCCUCGCGGGUUUGAUGUGCGCGCGGAGAUGCAAGCCUCGCUGCUAAUGCUCGUCUGCGUCCUGGCUGCUGUUGCUGGCCAGGAGCCUGACCACAGCCACGGCUGCGCCCAUGGCAGCUGUUACCCGGCAACAGGGGACUUGCUGGUUGGACGAGAGAAGAACCUGAAGGCCUCGUCCACAUGCGGGAUGAGAAAAAAAGAGCCCUACUGCAUUGUCAGUCAUCUGCAGGAUGAAAAGAAGUGUUUCGACUGUGACUCUAGACGGCCGUAUGACCCAGUGUAUAACACCAUCAAUCACCGGAUAGAGAAUGUUAUCACCACCUUCAAACCUCACCGCAAGAAGUCCUGGUGGCAGUCUGAGAAUGGAAAGUCGGAGGUCUUUGUCCAGCUGGAUCUGGAAGCAGAGUUUCAUUUCACUCACCUGAUUAUGACCUUCAAGACUUUCCGUCCGGCGGCCAUGCUGAUUGAACGCUCAGCAGAUUUUGGUCGUACCUGGCAGGUCUACCGUUACUUUUCCCACGACUGCUCUGCCACCUUUCCCGGAGUGUCCCAGGGUCCUUUGCGUAACAUUAAUGAUGUCAUCUGUGAGUCACGCUACUCUGACAUUGAGCCGUCAACGGAGGGAGAGGUCAUCUACAGAGUGUUGGAUCCAGCCAUCAGGAUUGAGGAUCCAUACAGCCCGAACAUACAGAACCAGCUAAAGAUUACCAACUUGAGAGUAAACUUCACCAAGCUUCACACUCUGGGAGACAACUUGCUGGACCCAAGAGCUGAAAUCAAAGAAAAGUACUACUACGCCAUAUAUGAACUUGUCGUACGUGGAAACUGCUUUUGCUAUGGCCACGCCUCGGAGUGCGCCCCCAUCAAUGGCAUAAGGGAUGAUAUAGAAGGAAUGGUCCAUGGCAGGUGUGUGUGUAACCAUAACACCAAGGGUUUAAACUGUGAGCAAUGUGAUGACUUCUACAACGACCUGCCGUGGAGACCAGCCGAGGGACGCAACAGCAACGCCUGCAAGAAGUGUAACUGCAAUAGCCACUCGACCCUGUGUCACUUUGACAUGGCGGUGUAUUUGGCCACUGGAAAUGUCAGCGGAGGAGUGUGUGAUGACUGUCAGCACAACACCAUGGGACGCAACUGUGAGAUGUGCAAACCUUUCUACUACAAAGACCCUAUUAAAGAUAUCAGGGACCAACGUGUUUGCAUAGCGUGUGACUGCGACCCAGAUGGUUCCCAGAAUGGAGGGAUGUGCGACAGCCACACCGACCCUUCCCUCGGCAUGGUGGGAGGUCAGUGUCGUUGCAAAGCCAAUGUCAAGGGGCCGCGCUGCGACAAAUGUAAGACCGGAUUCUUUGGCCUGAGUGCUGAAAACCCCCAGGGCUGCCAACAAUGCCAGUGUGACCACAGGGGAACAGUGUCAGGCAGCUCCCAGUGUGACCCAGUCAGUGGAGACUGCUUCUGCAAGCGUCUUGUCACUGGACGCAGCUGUGACCAGUGUUUGCCAGAACACUGGGCUCUGAGCCACGACCUGAACGGCUGUAGGGGCUGCGAGUGUGAUAUCGGAGGAGCCCUGGACAACCACUGCUCCAUGGAAAGCGGUCAGUGUCGCUGCCGCAGUCACAUGACAGGACGCCAGUGUACGCAGGUGGAGUCUGGAUAUUUCUUCAUGGCUCUGGAUCACUUCCUUUAUGAGGCAGAGUUAGCCAAAAUGGGGCAGGGCAGUACACUGGAGACCAGGGAGCACCAACCAGGUCGGCCCGCCACAUGGACGGGCAUUGGGUUUGCUCGGGUACCCGAGGGUGGCACCCUGGAGUUCCUCAUCAGUAACGUCCCUUACUCCAUGGAAUAUGACCUGCUUAUCCGCUAUGAGUCACAGAUGCCCCGAGACUGGGAGGAGGUUAGACUAACAGUGAUUCGUCCAGGGCCGAUUCCUACCAGCAGCCCCUGUGGAAACACCAUUCCAGAUGAUGACAGACUCACUGUCUCCCUGCCUGCUGGAGCCAGGUUUAUGGUCCCUCCUCAGCCUGUGUGUCUGGAGAGAGGUGUAACUUACACCCUCCGCUUUGAGUUCAGACGCUAUCAAGACGCCAACAGUAUCCUCAACGGAGCGGCCAACGCUGUCCUCCUUGUGGACUCGAUUGCGUUGAUGCCCCGCCACACCUCCAUGGAGAUGUUCAAUACAGGGGAUCCAGCUUCUAGUAACAGGAAGCAGACCUAUGAGCGGUAUCGCUGCCACGAGGGGGCGAAGAGUGUGACCCGCCCGCUGAUGAGUGACACCUGUGCCAAGCUCAUCACCAGCAUGUCAGCCAUCAUAAAUGACGGGGCUCUGCCUUGUAAUUGCGAUCUUCAGGGGUCCAUCAGCUCCAUGUGUGAUGUCCGUGGGGGCCAGUGCCGCUGCAGGCCCAAUGUGAUUGCUCGGCGCUGUGACCAGUGUGCUCCGGGAACUUACGGCUUUGGACCCUCGGGUUGCAUGGCCUGCGGUUGCAGCUUGGAAGGCUCCAUGACAAGACUUUGUGAUAAGUUCACUGGUCAGUGUCAGUGUCGUCCGGGAGCAUUUGGUCAGCACUGUGACGGAUGCCAGGCAGGUUACUGGGGCUUCCCCAGUUGCCGACCCUGCCAGUGUAAUGGACAUGCUGACGAGUGCGACCAGAGGACUGGAGCCUGCGUCCGCUGUAGGGACAACACGGGAGGAGACAAGUGUGACAGGUGUGCGAACGGUUACUAUGGUAACCCAGUUUUAGGCAUAGCGUCCGGUGGUCAGUGUCGUCCGUGCCCCUGUCCAGAUGGGCCCCACAGUGGACGCCAUUUUGCUGCUUCUUGUUACCAGGACAACCGCAACAGACAAAUUAUCUGCAACUGUAACCAGGGUUACACAGGGAUUGUUAAACGCUCCGGGGUGACCAUUUUUAAGCGUGCCCGAUGUGAGGAAUGUGCCCCCGGUUAUUACGGCAACCCCUCUCAGCCCGGAGGACGCUGCCAGCCAUGCCAGUGUAACAACAACAUAGAUAUGUCAGACAUGGACGCCUGUGACAGGCAAACCGGAGAGUGCAGGAAGUGCCUUUACAACACUGAGGGCCCCAACUGUGGCAUCUGCAAGAGCGGCUAUUUUGGGGACGCUUCUCGGCGCAACUGCAGGAAGUGCACGUGUAACUUCCUGGGUACUGAACGCAGCCAGUGUAUGGAGCGUGAGGACUGUGUGUGCCAGCGUACCACAGGGCAGUGCCAGUGUCUACUAAAUGUCAUAGGUCUGACAUGUGACCACUGCGCGCCCAACCACUGGAACCUGGCCAGCGGGAGGGGCUGUGAAACCUGCGGCUGUGAUCCCAACAACUCUGUCACCUCCUCAUGUAAUGAGUUUACUGGGCAGUGUCAGUGUCGUGAUGGCUUUGGAGGGAAGACCUGCACAGACUGUCAGGAGAACUACUGGGGAGACCCCAGGACACAGUGCAGAGCUUGCGACUGUGACUGGCGAGGCAUUGAGACCUCUCAGUGCAACCGGGUGACCGGCCACUGUGUUUGCCAGCAGGGGGUGUCAGGUGUCCGCUGUGAUCAGUGUGCCAGAGGCUUCUCCGGCCAGUUCCCCAACUGUCAGCCCUGUCACCAGUGUUUCGGGGAUUGGGAUCGCAUUGUGCAGGACCUGGCAGUGCGUACCAAGACUCUGGCAGAGCGUGCCCAUGAGAUUCAGACCACUGGGCUUACUGGGGCCUAUGAGAAGGCCUUUAGAGACCUGGAGGAGAAACUGGCACAAGCUCAAGGCAUUGUCAACGCACGCAACGCCACUGCUGCAGCCGUCGCUACCCUAAUGGAGCUUAUUGAAGAUCUUAGAGCGCAGAUCGGUGAGACCACUGACACCCUGAACCGCCUGGAAGGAGACCUAACCAUUGUCCAGGACAGCAACUCUGAGGCAAGCAAGGAGCUGAGUGCUCUGGAGAGAGAGGCUAAAGAACUAAACCUCACUUCAGAGCAGCUACACCACCAACUGGAUAUCCUAAAAAACUCCAACUUCCUAGGUGCGUAUGACAGCAUCCGUAGCUCCUACAACAAGUCGCGUGAUGCAGAGCGGCGUGCCAAUGAAUCAACAACCACCAAGCCCAGCACAGUCAGCCAAUCUGCAGAUACUCGUCGCCGUACUGAGCGCCUCAUCGCCUCCAAGAAGGACGACUUCAACCGCAAGAAUGCCGCUAACAAGCGUGCACUUGGAGACCUCAAUGCCAGAGCACAGGGCCUGGACAUGAAGAAGAUCAAUGAGAAGGUUUGCGGCGCACCGGGUGAUGCUCCCUGUGAGGAAAGUCCUUGUGGGGGUGCAGGUUGCCGUGAUGAUGAAGGGAACCGUCACUGUGGAGGCCUAAACUGUAACGGCGCUGUAGCAGUAGCUGACAAUGCUCUGGAGAGAGCAAAACACGCAGAGAAGGAGCUGAAUAAAGCUAUGGGAGAGGUGGAGGGACUAUUUACCAAGGUGGCAGAGGCCAAGAGCAAGGCAGAGGAGGCCAAGGGUAAAGCCCAAGCUGCUCUGGACAAAGCCACCGCCACCAAGAACAAAGUGGAGCGCUCCAACAAUGACCUGAGAGACCUCAUCAAACAGAUCAGAGACUUCCUUACUCAGGAGGGCGCAGACCCAGACAGCAUCGAGGCAGUGGCGAACCGCGUGUUGGAGCUCUCCAUCCCUGCCUCACCCCUCCAGAUCAGACAUCUUGCUGAUGAAAUCAAGGAACGGGUUCGCAGUCUUUCGAAUGUGGACGCCAUCCUGGAGCAGACGCAGGAUGAUGUCCGCAAGGCUGAGCAACUGCUGCUGGAUGCCAAGAGGGCAAGGCAUCGGGCUGAAGGGGUGAAGACCACAGCAGAGACAGUGAAACAGGCCCUGACGGAUGCUAAGAAUGCCCAGACAUCAGCAGAGAAGGCCAUAGCCAGAGCCAAAACUGACAUUGGGGACACUGAGGCCCGACUGGCACAGAUUGAGUCGGAGACAUCUAACAGUGAGAGGAACCUGAAUGAUGCCAUGGACCGCCUCGGGACACUGGGACGAGAGAUCAAUGCCCUAAAGACCAAACGUGCCAACAACAGCAUGGCAGCAGCCCGAGCCGAAGAGACAGCCACCAUGGCACGAGACAAGGCAAAUGAAGCCAAACAGAUUCUAGAUGGCCAGCUGACAGAUAAAUACCAUGAGGUGCAGCAGCGGGUUGAUACGAAGGCCAAGGCAGUGAAGGAUGCGAAGAAACGGGCAGAGAGCCUCAGAGAUGAAGCAAAGGAACUACUGAGAGAUGCCCAGAACAAGCUCCAGAGACUAGCAGAGCUGGAGAAAAACUAUGAGGAGAACCAGAGGAGGUUGGAGGGGAAAGCUCGUCAGCUGGAUGGCUUGGAGGACAAGAUGAAAGCCAUCCUCAGUGACAUCAACAAACAGAUCCAGAUCUACAACACAUGCCAGUAACUCACUACUCAUGAGAAAACUGGUCCAUCUUGGUGUUAUUCUGCCAACUCUUCCAGAUACACCAACUGUACAAUAGACUUUGAACCAUCAAAGAAGAGGGCUGUGGUGGUUAUUUGGUCACUCUGCAAGUGAAUUUGCGUAUUUUGUGUGCAGACUGUCUUUUAUGUAAGUAUUUAAAACAGUUGCUAUCAUAUUUAGAUAUAUGUACCCAUGACUGAACAUGUAAUGGUUGUCUGAUAUGACAUAUUUUAUUUUAAUUUGUGUACAUUAUUUUUGUUUUUCAUUUGUAAAACAAUCUGGAACUGUAUCGGUGUCAUUAUCCAUGUUUACAUUUGUGUAACAUGAACAUUAUAUAUUAGAAAAGUCAAUAAUACACAGCCGUGAAAAUAAUGGAUUACAAACUAUCUGUAGUCAAACUUUUUAUGGAUUUUUUCACUUGUGAUAAUCAGCAGGUCAAUAUAAUUUCCUCCCCAUUUUUCUAUAAAGUGUCUGUGACUACUGAAAGUAUAUUCUGAGCUGUGCUCAACGCAAAAGGACUUUAUAGAAACUACAGUGUCUUCUUUCAGUAUGUAACACCACAACUUUGAGGUGCUUGAGGACAAAAUCUGAAUCAUAAUCUGUUCUGUGUUUUCAAGUUAAAAUGAGGCUUUCAUUGUUUUGGCUUUUUCCUUAACAGCCAAAAUAAAGAUGAUUCCCUGCAUAGUAUUAGGGACAUACCAUUUCAGUAGAAUAAAGAGAUGAACAGGGUUUUUGAAUUCAUAUGGAUUUUAAAUUGAAGGAAUUUUAGAUAAAAAAUGUACCAACUGGGGUGCAAGGAAUAAUUUUUUGUAUUAUCUCUGCAUUCAUACCAAUAAAUAAAAAUCAGUUUGACUGCUGAGCGAAAAGAUGUAAGCAGCCCAAAAACCACCUCUGGCUAAUGCCAAACAGGAAUGAUGUAGGGAGCAGUAUAAGCUAACAGUAUAAACUAACUGAAUGCUAGCGGCACGGCUCUGGUGAUGCUAUUAUGGGUCAGUCUGUAAGUGUGUAUGUGGGUGAACUUCGGUCCAGAGCGAAAUAUAUGUCAAAUACAGCUGAUUAAAUGAAACAUUAAAUGAGCCAGACAAGCUGAGUCUGACAUAUUCCUCUGUAAAGUGAUCGCUUACAGAUAAACCUUUUGAAUUUAGAUAGCAAAGUGACUCAUUCUGACACCGCCCUCAGGACAAACUUAAAGGACUAGUUAGACAUUUUGAGAAAUAAGCGUAUUUGCUUUCUUAUAGAGUUAGAAGAGAAGAUAUCCAGCACGUAACUCCCGGUAAUUGUUGUAGUUACAGUUUGUAUGAAUUAAACAAACAAAAUAUAACAUAUAUAUAACUUGAAAGCAAAUAAGUGUAAUUCCCAAAAUGUUUUGCUAUGUUUGUAAUGCUUUAAGUCAUCACUUAAUGAUUGCCAAACCUGUGAUACACAGAUGAAUGUGAAGAAUGUUUGUUUAUCGAAUGCACUGUGAUAGAAUAUGUAAGGUCUGCAGUAAUUGAUGCCUCACUGAAGUGACAGUAUGCAGUGUUGAAUUGUGCCUUAUAAUAUGCCAGUGUCUUGUACUCAUGUUCUUUGCAUGACAGUUUGUGUUUUUGGAAACAUGACAGGUCAAAAAAAAAAAAAAAACCUGUAAACAUAUUUCCCUCAGAUGACAUUUCAACUGGCAGCCACAUGACUUUGAUAAGUAAUUGCCAAAGCACAGAUACCAAAAGAAGCUUGUGUAAAGUUUAACUGUGUACUGUUUUGUGAAUAAAGGUUGCAUAAUUUAACCAAAAA